AUCAGUUGCCUUGAUUCGUCAAUCCGUGACCAGCACUCCCGAAUAAAGAAGUCGGAUUUUAAAAGAUGGUUAAACUCAUGAAAUUCGUCGUUCUUACGGCCGUACUUUGCUGUUUUCUACCAACGAUGGCUACGGCCACCUUCUGGGGCGAUUGGGGCAGAGUCGAUAACUGCCCCCAAGGUGAAAGGGCAAUUGGAUUUUUACUGAAAACUGAGCCAGACCAAAGAGAUAGUGACGACACAGCGCUAAACGCCAUUGCUUUCAUAUGCUCAGGUGGAAGUAAGAUUCUCUCGACUGAAGGACUUUGGGGAAAUUGGGGUAGCGAAAUUCGUUGCCCGUCUGGCAGUUGGCUUACAUCAUGCCAACUUCGCGUUGAACCUAAGCAGGGAGACGGAGACGACACGGCGGCCAAUAAUUUGAAUUGCAAGUGCAGCAACGGCGAGACGUUGCGCGGCGACGGGGCCAGUUGGGGCGAUUGGAACGCAUGGUCCAGUCCGUGUGAAAACGGCAUCAUGGCUAUACAGACCCGAGUGGAGGGAAACCAAGGAAAGCGAGACGACACGGCUCUCAACGACGUUUCAUUCACAUGCUUUCCCAAGCGUAAAAUACAAGAGGCGCUUGAAUAGGAAGAACACAAAACCAAGAACAGUUGGUUUUUUAAUAAGCCUUAUUGCUGGACGAUUCUAGACUUACUUUUUUAAUUUCUAUUCUAUUUUAUAAUAUUUUUUGAGUUCUCCUAACAUAUGGGGUAGAAAUAAACGUUUCAAUGGUUUA